GGCGGUAAGCGGCCAUAAAAGCGAGAUCUCCUGGGAUAGCUGGCACAGUCGCGCGACGAGCUUCCCCGCCGAAGGUUUGCCAGGCGCGCGCAUACUCGCUCGCAAUCGCAUCCCCCCCUUGGCGCCGCCUUCCAACUUGCCCGCUUGUUUAUCGCUGGAAAAAAAAAAAGAAAAAAAGACGCGGCCGUCAUGUGAGCGGAGAGCCGGACACAGCGCGCGCACGCAUGGCGCAUGGCUCACUCAAUGGAAUGGCCUCUUGGGACUACCUGGCUCUCGGUCUCCUCCUCUCGGCGCUGCUCUACUCUACGAUCGGCCAGACGGUGCCGCGGCACGAGCAGCAGCCCGAGUUCCUCGCGCCGCUGGAGAACCACACGGUUACCCAAGGUCGCGACGUCUGCUUCACCUGCCUCGUUAAUCAUCUUCGAUCUUACAAGGUCGCCUGGAUAAAGUCCGACUCCCGCGAGAUCCUGGCGAUGCACACGCACAUGGUCGCGCCGAACCCCCGGCUGUCCGUCACCCACAACGGCCACAACGCGUGGAAGCUGCACGUGCUGAACGUCAAGCCCUCGGACUCGGGCACGUACAUGUGCCAGGUCAACACGGACCCCAUGAGAAGCCUGCUCGGCUACAUGAAGGUGGUGAUACCGCCGGACAUAAGGGACCUGGACGAGGCGCAGAACCAGCUGAGCAGCCUCGAGCGCGGCGAGGUCAGGCUGCGGUGCCAGGCCACCGGCACGCCCCAGCCCGAAGUCACCUGGCGCCGAGAGGACGGCUCCAGCAUAAUCCUGCGCACGGAGAACUCGCGGCUGAUCGCCGUUAAAUCGCACAAGGGCGAGCAGCUGCACCUGCGCGGCAUCCUGCGCCAGGAGAUGGGCUCCUACCUGUGCAUCGCCUCCAACGGGGUGCCUCCGAGCGUCAGCAAGAGAUAUUACGUAAAGGUCCUUUUCAAGCCGAGCAUCAGAACGAAAGAGCAAGUGGUAUUCGCGCACGUAAACGGCGACGUCACUCUGAAAUGCCUCGUGGAAGCCUCGCCCAAGUCGCUGACCAGCUGGUACGCGGAAACUGGUCUGAAGAUCGGAUCGAGCGAGAGGCACUCGGUGACGGAGAGCGCGAUAAACGACUACACCCACCAGGUGAAUCUGACGAUACGGAGAGUUCGAGCCUCCGACUGGACUGCCUACACAUGCCUCACGGAAAACUCCUUCGGCACGGCGAGCGCGUCCAUUCGAUUACGAGAGCAGCACAAGCCGUCGAGAGCCACGGCAGGCACGGGCCAGGCCGGCCUCGGAGUCAGUCACCACAACUCCCUCGACGAGAGCCGCAAAUCUAUCAACUCCCCGCACUCCGAGGACGAAUUCGAAGAUGCGCCCGAGCAGGUCGACGGCAAAUACCCGCCGGCUCUACCCGGGGCUCACUAUGGAUCCACCGAUUUCCCUGGCUCUGGCUCGCCUGAUCGAGCCGCCCCGGAGUCGCCCAAGACGGCGGGGGUCGCCGUACUCCUGCCUCUACUGGCCGCCAGAUUCUAUUGAACCAGCAUUCGUUUGACACAUUUCAGCACAUUGUAGCUCCUCGUUUCGCAGUAUUAAGCAUAUAAAAAGACUGCUAUUAUUACCUAUCAAAUUAUUACUUUUAACGAAUUAUCGGCCUGUACAUAAAAGAUUGAAAUGAGCAGUUGAAAUACGACAAUAACAUGUUUGUCGGAAUAAUAUAAUUAGGACAAUGCGCUUCUUUUUGUUUUUUAACCGUCUAAAUUGUUGUAGGGGCGUUAUAAAAGGUCUGACCAAAUUCCAAUCAAUCUUUUAGAGAGCUCUGUUACGCUGCCAUCGAUAUACUAUAGAUAUCCGCUUUGGAUAUCGUUAUACCUGUGCAUACAUUAUUUAACUCGAGUAUCGUUCCUAUGUAAUAACAAGUAUCAUACGUAUUAUAUGUUAAUAAAUGAAUUGUAAAAGGAACUGA